ACAGGGAGAUGGCUGCGAUUUAGUUUUGAGGAUGCUGCAGUCAGCAGCAGGGCUGGCACCCUGUGUCACAGGCGCUAUGCUGGGCCUUCCUACCACCUGUGUGUGGCUUGGUAGUGGCCUAGGGUCUCUCCUCCCUGCUGAAGUCCCUCUCCUGCAGGUGGCCGUCUGCCCGGCCCAGCGCCAUGCACACGCUUGUGUUCUUGAGCACGCGGCAGGUGCUGCAGUGCCAGCCAGCUGCCUGCCAGGCCCUGCCCCUGCUGCCACGCGAACUCUUCCCCCUGCUGUUCAAGGUGGCCUUCAUGGACAAGAAGACAGUGGUACUGCGUGAGUUGGUACACACAUGGCCCUUCCCGCUGCUCAGUUUCCAGCAGCUGCUACAGGAGUGUGCCCACUGCAGCCGUGCUCUCCUGCAGGAGCGGCCUAGCACUGAGAGCAUGCAAGCCGUUAUCCUGGGGCUGACUGCCCGGCUCCACACCCCAGAGCCUGGGGCCAGCACACAGCCCCUCUGCAGGAAGCAUGUGCUGCGGGUGCUGGACAUGACAGGCCUCUUGGAUGAUGGUGUGGAACAGGAUCCUGGCACCAUGAGCAUGUGGGACUGUACUGCUGCCGUGGCUCGCACAUGCAUCGCCCAGCAGCAGGGGAGCGCCACAGAGCCUGGGCCAGCCCCCAUCCCCGUGGAGGUGCGUGUGGACCUGCGGGUGAACCGGGCCUCCUAUGCCUUCCUGCGGGAGGCACUCCGAAGCAGCGUGGGCAGCCCACUGCGGCUCUGCUGCCGGGACCUGCGAGCUGAGGACCUGCCCAUGCGCAACACUGUGGCCCUGCUGCAGCUUCUGGAUGCAGGCUGCCUGCGCCGCGUGGACCUGCGCUUCAACAACCUGGGCCUACGUGGCCUGUCUGUAAUCAUCCCACACGUGGCUCGCUUCCAGCACCUGGCCAGCCUGCGGCUCCACUAUGUGCAUGGGGAUUCAAGGCAGCCCUCCGUGGAUGGCGAGGACAACUUCCGCUACUUCCUUGCCCAGAUGGGCCGCUUCACCUGUCUGCGCGAGCUCAGCAUGGGCUCCUCUCUCCUUUCAGGGAGGCUGGACCAGCUGCUCAGCACCCUGCAGAGCCCCCUGGAGAGCCUGGAGUUGGCCUUCUGUGCUCUGUUGCCUGAGGACCUGCGCUUCCUGGCACAGAGCCCCCAUGCUGCCCACCUCAAGAAGUUGGACCUGAGUGGUAACGACCUGUCUGGCAGCCAGCUGGCACCCUUCCAGGGUCUGCUGCAGGCAUCAGCAGCCACACUGCUGCAUCUGGAGCUGACUGAGUGCCAGCUUGCAGACACCCAGCUGUUGGCCACACUACCCAUCCUGACUCGGUGCACCAGUCUCCGGUACCUUGGUCUCUAUGGCAACCCACUGUCCAUGGCGGGCCUCAAGGAGCUGUUGCGGGACUCAGUGGCGCAGGCUGAGCUGCGUACUGUGGUGCACCCCUUCCCUGUGGACUGCUAUGAGGGCUUGCCCUGGCCGCCGCCUGCCUCUGUCCUGCUGGAGGCCUCUAUCAAUGAGGAGAAGUUUGCCCGCGUAGAAGCAGAGUUGCAUCAGCUGCUUUUAGCCUCAGGCCGUGCCCAUGUGCUCUGGACCACGGACAUCUACGGGCGACUGGCUGCAGACUACUUCAGCCUAUGAUGAAGUAGCUCUGGGUGAGACACAGGCUGUCCUGCAGUCUCUUUAGGUAGGCAGGGCCUUUGCUGGGACCCUGGUGGAGGCCUGUCACAAAAGCACUGGUUUCUGGUUUCCUGCUGGGUCCACCUUGCUUCUGGGCACACCUCGAGCCUCCCCUGCUUUCUGCAGUGCCCCACGCGGUUUUCCCUGCACUUGUUCCAUGAUUGGCUGACCAUCUGUGGGCCCCAGGGCUGGAUGUCAGGCCUCCAUUGCCCUGCUCAGUUUGGCUGCAUUUGGCUGCCCUCUGGGGUCCUGGUCCUUUGUGCAAAUGCUUUGGGAUCCCACUUGUGAGUUGAGAGAGAUGAUGGCCUCUCUGAGCCUUUCCCAUCCCUUUACUGAGAGCUCAGUGCUCUGGGGUUGAAGUUGGACAGAGGCUGCUUCAGGGAGGCUGGGGUCCCCAGGCACUCGUGCCUCUUAACGUGUUCCCUGCCCUGCCACCCAGCCACCCCACUGGGCUGGGCUCGGGCUGGAGGGGGUCAUCAAGGUACAAAUGUGCCUGGAAAUUGAAUUUAUGGCUCUUUUUUUUUCUGUCCACAUUGGUCAGCCUUAUCCUUAUCUCUGCUGUCACCAUCCCCAACAUGGCCACUGGGCAACAACUGCCAUCCAGCCUGCCCGCAGGGUGGCCCCGUCUGCACUGCUGGCCAGUCUUUGCUCUUCCCACCUUUCGGAGGCCCAAGAUCCUACCGUGGCCGGCCAGGGCCAGCGAGGGACCCCCUGCAGAGCUGGAGGUUGGGGUGAUGGCUUUUUGGAAGAACUUCAAGGGAGGUGUUGGGGCCUCCCUGGCCACCUUCCAUUGCUACCCCAGGAUUCCCGAGUGCAACGCUCCCGGUGCGCGUCCCACAGACGGCUCACCGCACCCUGCGCGGCUUCCACCUUUACUGACCGAGCAUGUGCGCGGCCGCGCCGGCCAAUCCCCGGCGCCCACGUCAUCUGCCCGCGCCCGCCGCCCUAGCAAUGGAUCUCGUAGGCGACUGGCGGGGGCACGCGGAGUCCCGGCCCCGCCCCCUCUGCUGGUCCGCAGUCUGCUGGCGCCUCUGCCGGACCCUCGGCGAAGAGUGGCUUGGAGCGGUUGAUAACGAACAUCUCGUGUCCGCGCUCGUCGCGGAGCUCCUCUAGCUGUGCGAACGUGCAGGGGCCGUCCGAGUAGUCGUUGACGAACAGCGCGCCCUCCCCCGGUGGCCCCCGCGCCUUUUUUCGCCUGCGGCGCCGGCGACAGAUCAUGGCGACCAGGAGCAGCGCCGUGAGCGCCAGCAGCGCGAUGGCCGCCGCAAUGGCCGUCUGCGUGGCCAGGCCCAGGGCGCGGAAGGCCAUGCUUCCCGCCUCGGGCCGGGGCUCGCGACCAGCGGGGCGGGCGCCCGGAGGUGGCGGUUGCGCGGGCUGCUGCGGCUGCUGUCGGGACGCGUUGACCAGGAGUCGGAAGGGCACGCGGGCAGCGCCACCAGCAUUGGAGGCCUCGCACUCGUACUUGCCGGCAUGGGCCAGCGUGAUGUUGCUGAGGAAGAGCAUGCCGCUGCCCGUGUCGGAUGCCGAGUGUCCGCCCAGGCCCGGCGCCCCGCCUUCUAGCUGGGCCUGGGCUUGCGGCCGGCCCUCGCGAGGCUGGGGCACCUUUCUCCAGGUCACCAAUGGCUGCGGGUAGCCGGAGGCUUGGCAGGCAACCCGCAGGUCCUCACCCAGGUUGGCUGUGAGCUCCAGCGGCUGCACGUGGACAGAGGGCGGAAUGCAGAUGAGGCUGCUGUGGGAUACGUCCAGGAGACUCUGGAGCGCCAGGCGCGGGGGCUCUGCACACAUAAUCUUCCUGUCCCUGGAGGUGAGCAGCCGCUGGCCGCCCUCCUUGAUCCAGGCACCCAGCCAGUGCAGGGCGCAGUCACAGCGCCAUGGGUUCUCUGUGGGAGAGCAGCAUCAGGCAGGUGGCUUGAGGAUGGUGCUACAACACAGCCUGUGCAGUUGGGGUUCUGCGGGCCAGGGCAGGGGCCUCUUUCCCACCUACCACAGCCUUUUCACACGGAGUCCAAGGCCCCUGCCACCCCUUCCUUCACCCCAAGCUCCUUGGGGCGGCAGCAGCCCUUCACCCCCGCCCCCCUCCGCUUUAGCUCUGUGAUGCCUGUUACAGAUCACUUCUGCGUCAGUCUCUGAGAAAGCACCUGCUCCUCAAAUCUUCCUGCAACAAGUGCCACUGUUUUUAGGAACCUGGGCUUCCACAUAGGCAUCUCACCAGCACUGAAACCUUACAAGUCCUCUCAGCCUUGUCUUUGGAUGUCCUCUCGGGAAUGUCCCCAGUCCUGAUCAGCUGUCUCUCUCCUUUGCAAUUUUUGCCUCCCCUCUGAGGGCCUAAAAGUGUACAGAAUCCUCAACUCUGUUAAGUCA